UCAGAUGCAUUAACAAACGAAAAACAAAGCAGACUUACAGGAGGUUCAACAGUGGAGUUAACUAAAGCACCCUUUAUUGUAUCAAUCCGCCGUAAUACCACAUCAAAUCAAUUCUCUCACUUAUGCGGUGGAGCUCUAAUAACCCAAAGAGUAGUCAUCACAGCAGCACAUUGUUUUGUAAAUUCAAGUUCUGUCACCUUAGCAUAUCGCCCAGUCAAAGAAUUCAAUGUAAUGUUAGGAUCUAUAAUGUUAAUGCAGCAGGAUUUAUACACAACUAUAUUAGAUAUUCAGAAAAUAUUGCCACACGAAAAAUUUACAGUUACUGAAUUACAAAAUGAUAUAGCUUUAGUCUUCCUGAAUGGCUUAAUAUCAUGGUCACAUCCAGUUAUACGUGCAAUAAGCCUACAAACUCAGGAGACUCCUUCGAAUACACAGUGUACGGUAUUUGGCUGGGGUAUAAACGAUAAGCAAGAAAUUAGUUAUUAUCUAAAAGCUGCAUAUGUGAGUAUUAGUACUAAGGAAGAAUGCGCUGAAAUUAGUACUUAUGGCACCUAUGGCAUAUUUUGCGCUGGUUAUAGUCCUGGCGGUGUUGGUGCCUGCGCCGGAGAUAUUGGUGAUCCACUUGUUUGUAAUAAUCUUUUGACGGGUAUUGUAUCAAAGCCAAAUUGUGGAAAAUUGGGAUAUCCGGACACUUAUACAAACGUAUCUGAAUUCUAUAAUUGGAUAAAGCAAACUAAUGCCAGUUUGGAUUAUACUAAAUAUGGUGAUGGUGCAGCUGGCUUUAGUCAAUCAAAUGUUUUGGUAUUACUCAGUUUGAGUAUCGUUUUUAGUUUAAGUUAUUUAUUAAAAAAUGAUGAAACGUUGGAUAAUAAAAGUUUAAAAAUGUUGCUGAUGAAAAUAUUAAUAGUAUUUAUACUUUAUAUGCAACAGAAUUGUUAUGCCCAAUUUGCCCAAACAAAAAUUAUAAAUGGCACUGAAGUCAAUUGGUCUGGAACAAAAUACCAAGUUUCCUUACGUUUGAAAUUUAAUGACUGGUUCUUCGGUGCCGGUCAUAUAUGUGGUGGAACAUUAAUCAGUACAAAAGCUAUACUUACAGCAGCACAUUGUAUGUUGGAUUCCAACAAAAAUUUGCGAGAUCCAGCAGUUUUUUUGGUAGUUAUGGGUAAUUUAAAUAAAUAUCAGCAAAACCAAAAUACACUUAUUUACAAUGUCACUAACUUCACUGUACAUGAAAAUUUUAAUGACACCACUUAUGAAGCAGAUAUAGCUAUUUUGUAUAUAGAUCGAGAGGUUCCAGUAAAUGACAAACUUGUACAACCCAUAGCGUUAAAUGAACAAAGCAAUUUAUUGCACGGUAUUAAUUGCAUAGUCACUGGUUGGGGUAAAACAGAAACGGGCUCUUAUGCAUCACAGUUGAUGGGUGUAGAAGUAGAAAUUAUUGAUCGAAACCUUUGUUCUCUCAAUUACGGUCCCUUAAUACGUGAAGACAUGAUCUGUGCUGGUUACAUGAAUGGUGAACGAGAUGCUUGCUUUGGUGAUUCUGGUGGACCUUUAGUUUGUAAUAAUAAACUAUGUGGUGUGGUUUCAUUUGGUUCAGGUUGUGCAGAACCUGGUUAUCCAGGUGUUUACAUAGAUGUUGCUACUUAUUCUAUUUGGAUAAAUGAAAAAAUAAAUGUGCGACCUAAUUAUACAGCUCAUGUAGGCGAAACUAUAGAUUAUGAGACAGUAAGUGGGGUCAAAAAUUUAUUAGCUAAUUUGAGCCUAUACUAUAUAAUUAUGUUUCUUGUUUUCUUAAUUGAAUAAAUAUGUAUUUUUUUGUAUAUAUAGUUGGACUAUGUGAGUCUAUAUACUAAC